AUGUUUCAAAGUAUUCAUUUAUUUGCGCAUGGAAUUGAUCCACUUAUUCGUGGUUUGAUAAGUUUACCAGCAAAGAUGCCACAAAGGCUUACUCCAGCAGUAACUGAACGAAUAUUUGGUAAUUCUGAUCUUGGUUCUAUUAAUAUUCAACGUGGACGUGAUCACGGAAUACCUGGCUAUACUGUUUGGCAGAAAUUUUGUAAAAUGCCAAGAGUGCGAACAUUCGACGAUCUUAAUAGUACAAUUAAAAAUCCAAUUUUACACUCAAAUCUAAAAAUUUUAUACAAACAUGUUGAAAAUAUUGAUUUAUAUGUUGGUGGCUUAUUGGAAGAUCCACUAGAAGGUGCAUUUGUUGGACCAACUUUGGCCUGUAUUAUCUCGGAGCAAUUCAAAAGGUUACGAGACGGUGAUAGAUUCUAUUAUGAAAAUUCCGAAAUUUUGACACUACCUCAAAUUGAGGAAAUCAAAAAACUCACUCUUGCAAGAAUAAUCUGUGAUUCUGGUGAAAAUAUUCGACAAAUGCCAUUUGAAGCAUUUAAUCAAAGUGAAGCAUCCGACUUGAUAUCAUGCGAUAGGAUACCGUCCCCAAAUUGGAAUCUUUGGAAAGAUGAUUGA